UACCUAUAAGAUACACAAUACAAGUAAGCGGUGCUCAAAUGUAUGGACACGAAAGCCAAAACAAAGUAGUAUGCAAUUUGUCACAGUGGACUACCGGUACAGCAAUCUGCACGACUUCGCCUGGUCAUGGUCACUAGUUCGCAAAAUUAAAGAAAAGAACAUCCGUCACGAUGUCAUAAAAAGCACAAAUAGAAAUAAAACAGCGGGAUUUUAGAUGAAUAUCAGAUCUCAUAGAAAAUUUAGAAAUAAAUAAAAGUAAUAGCCUUCUAGCGACAUAUUUUCAAGCAAUUUGUCCAGUAAUAAAGGGAGAAAGGCGAUUUUUUUCACAAGGGGAAGAUGAAAAUACAAACAACAACAUGUAGAAUAACACGACAUAAAAACAAAACGAUCCAUCCGCUUCGUGUCCAAUAAGAUUUAAGCAAUUACUGUAGUUUUAUUUGUUUGACUUUAUAGUAUUAAGUGCUGAGUCACAAGUCGAGUUUGAUCGUGUCGAGAAUCGCUACAGUUUGAUUAAUUUGCACCGAAGUUAAUAAUUGACCAAACGAACGCAAAUCCACUCCGACUUAUUUCUGCUUGAAAUAACGACAGCGAACAUGUCUGCGAUACCAAGAAACACAGAGGUUGAACUUGACGAAUGUUUGUCUCACUAUAAGUAUGUUUUUAACCCAAACCUAUUACAAGGUCAGGUUGCAUUCAUCACUGGAGGGGGGUCAGGAAUUGGUUUCAGAAUUGCUGAAAUUUUUAUGAGACACGGGUGUGAUACAGCAAUCGCGAGUCGGCGACUAGAAAAGGUGAAAGAAUCGGCGAAGAAAUUGGAAAAGGCCACUGGGAAAAGAUGUCUUGCCCUUGCAGUAGACGUGAGGAAACCAAAAGAAAUUGAAGAGACAGUGGAUGAGGUUUUAAAACAUUAUAAAAAGAUCGACAUUCUGGUCAACAACGCUGCUGGUAACUUCAUUUGCGACGCUGAAAAUCUUUCGUACAAUGCUUUUAAAACGGUUAUUGAGAUUGAUACAAUUGGUACAUUCAACACAAGCAAAGCUGUUUUUGCAAAAUGGUUCAAACAGAAUGGAGGAAAUAUCGUCAACAUCACUGCAACGUUAGCCUACAAAGGAGACGCGUUACAGGUGCAUGCCGGGUCUGCGAAAGCUGCAAUCGAUGCGAUGACGAAACAUUUGGCCGUCGAAUGGGGUGGAAACGGCGUAAGAAUCAAUGGUAUAGCACCUGGACCCGUUGAAGGUACAGAGGGAUUAAGAAAGCUAGCAGGAGGAAUGGCCGAUCAAGUCAAAACCGGUAUACCCCUACAAAGAUUGGCCCAAAAAUGUGAAAUCGCGGAUAUGGCCGUGUUUCUCUCCAGUAAUGCAGCAGCUUACAUGACUGGGACCGUUUUGGUGGCGGAUGGUGGUAACUGGCUGACGUCAUUCAAUAAUUUUAAUAUGCUUAAACAGGUCUUGCCUAAACCUAAAAUAUAAUUUAAUACUGACGUUUAAUGACAUUGCUAUAGUACAAAUUUCAAAAAUUUAUCAAUUAUUGCAUAUCGCCGAUGUUUAAUCAACAUUGAAAUUUAAUGCAGCCGGCGUUGUUGAACAAGUCUUUCACAAUUCACACUGAUGUUCUUUCACUGUUCUCAGUACCCAGUGUCGAGAUCAACACGAUGUUUCAGUCUACAUCAGGUGAAGCGAGUAACCAGUGGACAGCUGUUAUAUAUAUGUUAUCCUGUUAAAAUGCUACCAAAUGAUUCAUUUAUUUCAGUGUUUGUUUAUAAUAUGGAGAUGAUAACAAAUUCACGUUACUUUUGUUUCGUAAUUUAUUUCAUAAAUUUAUUAAUUA